AUGCCCAAAGUCCCUAAACAGGCAGAACUGGAGAAAUACACUGUGGUCCGGGAAACAGUGGAAAAGUACACAGCAGUGUCAAAGAAUGAGGUGGCCGCUAUCGCUCUGAUCUGCCGCCUGCCCUUAUCUCCGCAGCGGGCCAGCUCCGGGUUCCCAGCAACAGCCUCCCCGCCGCGCAGCUCACUUCCUGCCCGCGGCCCCUGCAUCGCGGGUUCGCGCAGCAUCAGCCGCGACGUGGCGCGAACUACAACCCCCAUCGUGCAGCGGGGGCCCGCCCGGGCUCGCGCAUACCCGCCUCUAUGUAGCGCGAACUACAACUCCCAGCGUGCCGCGGGGCCCGCCCGGUCCAGGUCAGCAGCGACCGAAGUCCUGCAGCGCAGACCCCGCAGCUCCGGGCCGCCCUUGCCGGGAAGGAGAGGGGGCCGCAGCUCCUGUCGGGGUGGGGAGCCGGGCGCUGCCCCCGCCAUGCUCCACGGACUGGCCCGGGCCGCGGCCCCGGGACUCGGGGCCCUCUGGGCGCGGGGGUCUGGGAGCCGGGCAGGGGUCCCGGCCCACGUGGUGGAUCUGCGCAGCGACACGGUGACCAGGCCCGGGCCGGCCAUGAGGCGCGCCAUGGCCGAGGCAGUCGUGGGGGACGACGACUACGGCGAGGACCCCACUGUCCGCGAGCUGCAGGAAAAGGCUGCAGAGCUGCUUGGCGUGGAGCGGACUCUCUUUGUGCCCUCCAACACCAUGGCCAACCUCAUCUCUGUGAUGUGUCACUGCCGGCGCCGGGGCUCCCAGCUCCUCCUUGGGCAGGAGUGCCACCUCCACGUCUAUGAGCAGGGCGGGGUGGCUCAGAUCGCUGGGGUACACUCCCACCCCCUCCCGGACCUGCCCCACGGCACCCUGGACUUGGCUGAGCUGAAGAGGAUGAUCACUCGGGGCCAUGGGAGCCCCUACCACCCGGUCUGUGAGCUCAUUUGCCUGGAGAACACACACAACAGCUCAGGAGGCCGGAUCCUCCCCAUCGACUACCUACGCCAGGUGCAUGUCCUGGCCGGGACCUACGGGGCCCGGGUCCACCUGGAUGGGGCCCGGCUGAUGAACGCAGCGGUAGCGCUGGCUGUACCCCCCGCCCGCAUCGUGGAGCACUGCGAUUCUGUGUCUCUCUGUUUCUCCAAGGGCCUGGGCGCGCCAGUGGGGGCCUUGGUUGGGGGGCCCAAGGACUUCAUCGAAGAAGCCUGGCGCCUCCGGAAAGCCCUGGGUGGAGGCAUGCGGCAGGCAGGGGUGCUGGCCGCAGCUGCCCUGGUGGGACUGGCUGAUGCGGAGGAGACGCUACUGAGGGACCACAGGAAUGCCCAGAGAUUCGCCAAAGGACUCCAGGAACUGGCAUCACCCAUCUGUUCCGUGGACCCCAGCACUGUGGAGACCAACAUGGUGAUGGUGCGGGUGGACGGGCUGCCACCCGAGGAGCUGUGCCGGCACCUGCAAACCGUGAGCGCAGAUGAGGUGGCCCAGACUGGCCACGCGGUGCGCGUGCUGCUCUUUCCCUGGUCAGAGCAGUCCGUGCGUGCCGUGUGGCACCGCGACGUCUCGGCGCAGGAUACUGAACUGGUGCUGGGGAAGUGGAAGUUUGUGCUGAGGCAGUUGGGGCCCUGAGUGUGGGGUGACUGGGGACCCUGUGCCCUGGCUGGGAUAGAAGUGGGGAGUGGAGGCGUUCCAAGCAGGCAGGCGGGAGGAGGGGCAGGAAUCCACGCACCCAUUGUCCUUGGACCCCUUCACUUCCUAUCACACGAGGCUGACGCCCUCUAUGUGUGUUCAUCAGCAAACCUUGAGUGCCGCCUGUGUACAGGACAGGGCGCCCAAGGAUGCAGGGGCCGGUAGGACACUGUGCCAGCCCUCUCACCACAGCCCGGGAGGCAGCCAGGGCAGGGUCUCUGCUCCCAGUGCCAGACGAGCAUUUGCUCAGGGCACGUGGAAGGUGAGCACUUCCUGAGCCCGGAGGAGCUCACGAGGAAGCCAUGAGAGGACAUCCGAAAGGCACCUGGGAUUUGAUGGCGAGGAUUUUAACUGCCAUGUGAACGGGGGUUGGACUUUUUAUCUUGUAGUCAUCUAAUACAUAUAUUCCUUUAAAAAAAAAAAAAGAUGACAAUUAAGGGGAUCUCAACCCUUGACUUGGUGUUGUCAGCACCAC